AUGGAUCCGGCAACAGUUACAAUGAUUGCAACACUGGCUUCUGAUCCCGAAGCGCAAUGCAGAGCUCUUCGGAAGAUGAAGGAAGACAAUGAGGAACUACACAAGAAAGCAAUGGACACACUUAGAAAAAGUCAAAAGGAAUAUGAGUCCAAUGCGAAGAAAAUAGAAGAUGAAGCUAACGAAAGGAUCAAGUCACAGAGAGACGAAAACCAAAAAAUUACAGAAAUGCUCAGCGCGGAGAUAAAAAAGCAAAAUAUGAAGUACAAUGAUGAAGUGGAAAAAAUGAAUAAGGAACACUCAUCUAGAAUCAAGAAUAUGAGAACGGAAACGGAAGAGAAAAGGAAACAAGCUGAGCAGGACCAUAGAUUUAAGUUGAGCAGAAUGGAAGAAGAACACAAGAAGCAGACAACUCAGGCUGAAAAAGUUUUAGCUGAAGCUAAAGAAGAAGGACGUCAGAAAGUUGUUGAAGCUGAGAAGAAAAAGGAUGGGAUAAUUCAAAAAAGGAAUGAAGAACUGCAAACUUUUUUGGAAGCAUCUGAAAAGUUGGAAGAUUCUCAUCAGGAAAACGUCAGGAAAAUAAGAACAAGAAAUUCGGCAUUCCGUCUGGAAAACAUGAAAAUACGAAAGAAUCAAUUGGAAAUUGAAAAUAAAGUGAAAAUGGACAAGAUGAAUGAAAACUACAAGGAUCUCAUGAGAGAGUUGACAAAUCAAAACGCCAAAAACGUUAUCCAAGAGUUUCAAAGAAUCAUUGAGACCGUGAUAACAGGGAGUAUAUCGUUAGGAAGUAUCCGAUGUGAUUGCUUACCCGCACAUGGAGGAGCUCCAACAAUUAUUCCUGGAAAGCUAGACGUCGAUUUCUCAAAUAUUCAAUCAGCAAUGAAUAGCUUCAGAAAUGAAAAACGUCUAUUCAGUCAGUAUGUCAUCAACACCAAUCGUACCGAGCGGAGAUUGUUGGAAGCUUGUGCAGAGCUCAUACGAGAUAUGGAUGCACUGAUGACUUCUCAAGAUUUAUCUGAAAUGUGCUCUCAACUUCCACUGAGACUUUCAAAAGAAAGCCCCAACACAGAGGAUUUAAGAAUAAUUGAAUUCUACGGGGAGAGAUCGACAACGUUACACCAACUUUUUUUGGAACUGUGCGUCAAGUUGGAUGAUAGCACUAGAAACAUGCAAAUCGAACAUUUGCCCAGUGCAGAGGGUCGUUCGCUGCAAGCAAUUAAUCAGUAA